AGCUGUUUGAAUAGACAGAGCCAGUGACUGCAGCUGCCUCACACAAACUGCCGCCGCCUCUGUGCAGCUGAACAACAACAGGGAAGUGAAAAUGAAAUUGCCUUUUUCUGAGAAUCUCUGAGGUUGGGGCCGGACUGACCAAUGGGAAAGCAGCAGCAGCAGCAGCGGAGAGCGAGAGCCAGAGAGAAGCUUCCGCGCUGUACAACGAUCCCUCCCCUCCCUGUCCUUGUGCUGAGUGAACCCGAAACAAACAAAUCCAGCAUCAGCAGGGAGGGGGGAGAGACUUCUUGCCUGAGCCCUCUCUCUCUCUCUCUCACACUUUUCUCUCCUUGUUUUGCUUUCGAUCUGGAGCCGUCACUUUUAGUUUUGAUCCUGCGAUCUCAUAUAGUUCUGUUACAUUCGAAUCAUCUUGGUACAAUGCCAGUAGAAAGGAUGCGAAUGCGACCUUGGCUUGAAGAACAAAUAAAUAAAGAUCUUAUUCCAGGCUUAAAAUGGUUAAAUAAGGAGAAGAAGAUAUUUCAGAUUCCAUGGAUGCAUGCUGCUCGUCAUGGUUGGGAUGUUGAUAAGGAUGCUCCUUUAUUUAGGAACUGGGCUAUACACACAGGGAAGUAUCAACCUGGAAUAGACAAGCCAGACCCGAAGACAUGGAAAGCAAACUUUCGCUGUGCUAUGAACUCAUUACCGGAUAUUGAAGAAGUUAAAGAUAAAAGCAUGAAAAAAGGAAACAAUGCUUUCAGGGUGUACAGGAUGAUCUCAGUAGCAGAAAGACCAUCAAAAAGAGGGAAAAAAAACAAAGUGGAUAACGAACAAAAAAUCAAAGUGGAAGAGGAAGAAGCACCAGCACCCUCAAUCAAUGGAGCAUCUCUGGCACCCAUACCAUUUAACAUUUAUAGUCAACAGAUAAAAACUGAAGUUGAUAGCACUUUCAAUAUUGUAGUUGUGGAUCCGUCCAUGUAUAACACUGGUAUUAUAGAAGAGAUGAUUGUCGCCAAUCCUCCUGACGUCUGCCAAGUUGUAGAGGUAACGACAGAAAGUGAAGAGCAGCCGUCAAUAAGGACACAGCUUUACCCUUUGCAGAUCUCUCCCAUUUCUUCCUAUGCGGAAAGUGAAACAGACAGUGUGAAUAGCGAUGAUGAACGUACGAGCCAUCGACACCUGCAGAAGAUCCCUGGCAGCAAAGAGUCUGUGAAAAUGUCAAGCCAAAGAGCACCUUAUCAUUUACCUGGCAUGGCAACAUUUGUUACCUCCAAACCAGACCUGCAGGUCACGAUAAAAGAAGAGGAGUGUCCUCUUCCCUACAACAGCUCCUGGCCUAGCUUCCCAGACAGCACACCUUAUUCACAGACGGGUGCAUCCUCUUCACUAAAUAGCACCCAACAAGACCAUGAAACUAGAGCUUCUGUCAUUAAGAAAACCUCAGAUGUUACUCAGCCGCGGCUCAAAACAUGCUAAGGCCAUGUUGCAGAUAUGGAUCAAUGUUUAGGAUGGGAACAAAUAUUCUUGAAGUAUGCAUUGGCUUUGAUGUGAUUGGAUGCCUUUAAGAUGUUGGGUUACCAAAGGAAAGGAUUUGACUGUUAAGCAUGGCUACGGACAGCUAAUUGUAGCAGAGGAUUUUUCUCAGGAUUGGGCCAUGGGACGGUCCAAGAGAGUCUAAAAAGAAAGUAAAUCAUUAAAGCUGGAGCAACUUCCAUUAUGGGGAAGGUCAAGGCUGAGGAAAUGCAACAAGGCCUUUGGACAAACAAAAUGUGAAACUGCUAGAACAUUAUCCUUUUUUAUUUUAACAUAAUCUGUGUUGUAAAUAUGUAUAUUUUAUACCACAACAAGGCGGCCUUCUUUUAUACUGCUGUAAAUGGAACUGAGGCCGAAGCCUGUCGCUAGUUGAGUUUCACUGAAAGUGGUUCAUGAGAAACUCUGGCUUUUGUGCUGAAAUGAUGAAUUAGUGAGUAACAAAUCACAAUAAUUAAUAACAGGGCUCCGUUUUCUAACCUUGCUUUGCUCACAACCAAGGCACAAAUAGGAAUAGGAAUCUGUCCCAAGACUUGAGAGUUAAUAUAAAUAGAAUUAUGCAGACAUAUAAUGACCAGAAUUUAACUAUUCACUCCCAGAGCAAGCUCUUUUUUUAUUUUUUUAUACAGGGGGUAUUUUAUUUGAGGCAAAAUCCAAAGUUAACAUAAUUAUUUUCUAUUUUUUUUUAUACAACAAAUUUAUUAUAUUGUUCAGUUUCCUGUUUGUCAGCAAAACUGUUGUGGCACAUUUUCGUAGGUCCUUUGUUUCCUAACAUGAAAUUGAUAUAUUAAUCUAUUAUGUAGAAAGCAAAUUUAUUAUUAUCCUGUGGAUUGAUUGACAAAUAAAUAGUCAUUGCAGUUUUA